AUGAAGGCGGUCACCUUGACAGCGCUUUCCAUCUCUCUGCUGUCUCUGUUCGCAGAAGCAGCACCAAAGGUCCCACGCGUCACGAAUCCUCGCGUCUAUGGUCCACAGGCAUUGGCCGCCGCGCGCAAGCAAGCGGCCCAAUCUCACCUGCUGUCGUCCUCCUACGCCGCCGCCCCACAAGCAGCCUUCAACGAAAAAUACGCUUGCUCCGAUGCCGCCACAUCCUCGGCUGCUGUCAUUCUUGACAGCAGGACCGUCCCAACGGACCCGGAUGCGAACAUCUGGGCCAGCCUGACGAACGACGAGGCCGCGGCGGUCAUCGCAUUCCUGCACAGUGACAAGGCUUCGCUCAACCUGACUGCUGCAGAGAACGCGACCAGCUGGGACAACGCGAUCAGCGUUGUCGAUCUGCUGCUGCCCAACAAGACCGAAGCGCUAGUGUAUCUCGACAAAGGCGGUCCCAGACCCGAGCGCUGGGCCAAAGUCUCGAUCAUGUACGGCGCGACGGAGGAACCUUACGUUGAAACAAUCGCCGUCGGCCCCAUCAGCACGGACAACUCAACCGAGAUGGCGAUCGCCAAUCUGGGCUGGCAGACGUCCAAAGGCGAGCACAAGAUCCGGGUAUGGAACAUGGACGAGGACCGUUUCCACAAGUACACGCUCAACAUUUCGGCGAGCAUGCAGGACGUCGUGAUGGAUCUCAUAGGGCUAAAGGCUGUCGGCGACGACGACGACACCGCUUCCACCUGGGGCACCGACCCUGUUUGGCAGCAAGGCAAUGCAACAGAUCCCAAGAUCAUCCGAUGGGUUGGCUACUGGGCCAACAUCGAGGGCUUCCCUUUCGACUCGCAGACCCUCCUCCCGCAGGGCAUCUACUUCGAAGUCGAGACGACCGGGCGCGACCCGUCCAAGUGGAAGGAGAUGGGCUGGCUUUACAACAACGUCUACUAUGAGGACAAGGCCGCUUUCCGCACUGCGUGGUCGCAGCCCGGCUUCGAGAAGGCCGCGCAGCGCAACACGUACGGCACGUGGACGGCGACGGACCGUCAGGGUGAGCCGCUAGCCGAAGACGCCAAGGCGCGGCCGGUCGUCAUCGCACCCGAGGGACAGCGCUUCAGCGUCGACUCCGCGCGCAAGUUCAUCCAGUGGGGCAGUUUCUCCGCGUACAUGGGCUUCUCAAGAGACACGGGACUGCGCCUAUUCGACAUUGCUUACGAUGGCCAGAGGAUCAUCUACGAGCUCGGUCUCGAUGAGGCAAUCGCAUCCUACUCUGGAAACGAUCCUGUGCAAGCCGGCACGAGCUACCUGGACACGUACUACUCGUUUGGCGCGUACGCUUUCGAAUUGGCGGAAGGCUACGACUGCCCAGCCGGAGCGUACUUUUUCAACAGCACCUUCCACGCUGAAGAGCAAAGCCGGACGCACCACAACUCCAUUUGUGCCUUCGAGAUGCCGAUGGACUACCCGAUUCAGCGUCACUCGUCCGGAAGCUACAUUUCCAUCACCUCGAAUGUCGCUCUCAUCAUCAAGAGCGUCUCGUCUGUUGGCAACUACGAUUACAGUUUGUCGUACAUCUUCUAUUUGGACGGAAGUAUCGAGACUCGUGUGCAAGCGAGCGGGUACAUCCAGGCCGCGUUCUAUGCCCACAACGAAGACUUUGGCUACCAAAUUCACGAUGGCCUAUCCGGAAGCAUGCACGACCACGUACUAUCCUUCCGCCUCGACCCAGAUAUCCUCGGCGUCAACAACACGUUCGCGAAGCACAGCAUUGUCCCGGUCAACCAAACCUAUCCUUGGUCGCGCGGUAUCUCACGACCCGGUAUGAAGAUGGUGCGCUCCGUCGUCGAGACAGAAGAUGAUGGUGCACUCAACUGGCCAGCGAAUGGCUCGGAGAUGUACGUCAUCGUCAACCAGGACGAGCCAAAUGCGUACGGCGAGCCACGUGGAUUCAGGAUCAUGCCUUCGCUAGGCAGCGGGCAUGUCGUCAACAUCCAGGACUCUCCGAACCUGCUCAAGUCGCAAUCAUUUGCCACACAUCCUCUUUACGUGCUCCAAAGGAAGGACUCGGAGGCGAGCUGCGCGUCCCCUUGGAACAACUACGAUACCGGGAACCCGAUCAUCGACUUUUCGACGUACUUCAACGGAGAGUCGCUCAAUCAGACCGACUUGGUGCUGCAAUUCGGCCUGGGGAUGCUACACGUCCCUCACACUGGCGACUUGCCCAACACAGUCCAAACGACCGCACAGGCCUCAAUCAUCUUUUCGCCGCACAACUACCUGCUUAGCGACCCGUCACGGCGCACGAAUCAGCAGAUUCGACUCGAUUACGACUCGAGCAACGCGAGGGUCGUUUCCAACAUCGAGCGCUUCGGCGCGUCCCCUGCGCCGAACUGGAAGUACAACCUCAGCGACGCAUACCCGACGCUGCAGAACUACCGUGGCGAUGUAACGGUGCGCAAGUUCCCAUACGAUCCUCUGCAACCGUUUGGUGAUACGUAAUUGAUCGUGCGAGAUUCUUACAUCCCUCCUUUGCACACUGUAACUACUGCAAUCUGCUAUAGAGAUCGAACGUCUGCAAUC